AUGGAGAGCGACCGCGAUAGCCUGGGCAUCGAGGAUGCAGGACCGGUUGAGAGCUUGGACAGCAUGGCAAACACGCCGACGCCAGAGGACGAAGCCGAACAGGCAAGGCUGAUGCUCGAACAGCGAUUCAAACUGCACAAGCGCUUACGCAAGGAAGCCAAGGCCAAGCACGACACGAUUAAAGCCAACGCCAGCCGACGAAAGGAUUCGCAUGUCGACCAUAAAAACAUGCCGCACAAGUGGAAAGAUGCCGCCGUGCUCGAGCAAGAGCUCAAGCACCGAGAGCACACCAAAGUUCUCAUGGGACCGGAACCGAUUCGGCCAUUUCCUGGUAAGGUGUACACCACUGCACCCAUUCGAGAUCGCGACGCCGACAUGUUGGCUGCAAUUGACGAUUAUGCUUCGUCCGCGGCGAAGAAAGAACGGGAAUCGAACGCCGAUUUGGACGAAUACCUAAAACUCGACCAGUCCAAGCUUCCGCUCCAUCAGUUUGACAGCUCCGAGUACGACACCAAGUCCCCCGAAGAACUGCUCAAAGAGUGCAAAACCGGGGCGUCACCAUACUUUGUCAAGGGCGAGUGGCGCUGGCGACCGUGCCUCAUUCUGUCGUACAAUCCAGACACGGAAAAGUACACAAUUCAGUUUCAGGGGUCCGACAAAGACAAGACCGUCCGCCGUAUCAACUUGCGAUUCGACACGGAGGAGCCAACGGCAUUUCAAAACCGGAUCGACGAAGCCAUUCGGCGGCGCGAAGAUGCCAAAGCGCACAUGCGUUUUGACUACUUUGUAGCGCAGCAGUCCGUCAUGGAACCAAGGGCGAUGGGCCGCACAACGCUGGAAGGAAUCCACCGCCGCGUCGUCGACGGCCUCAUGCCCGACGUUGUCGUCGAAGAAACGCAUGCCCAGCUGCUUCGCAACCUCACCGACGUCGUCAUCCGCGAGUACACUCGCACGAUGAAGAAAGCCGUGCUGUGGUAUCGUCUCACUUUUGACAAGCAACUCCUGGAAAAGUACAAGUCGCUCAACUUGACCCCCGUGCCGUUGCCGCCGGCCAUCCCCGAGUUUGGCAAAAUCCAAAUCCCCGACACCAUCGGAUUCCCCAGGUUCCGCAAGAAAAUUGCUACCAAGCACUACACCGCAUCCGCUGGGUUCCUCAACGUCCUCAUGAAGGUUUACCACGGAUGGGAGAGUGCGUUCAUUCAUCUGACGUUCUGCGCGACCACGUUUGACGCGCUGCAGUUGCCGUGCCGCCUGCUCGAUUUUUCCGAGAUUCAGGUCGCCCACUGCGCCAAGAUCACGGAAAUGCUCUCGGUGGACUGGCGACGUGCAAUAUCGGAAAAUUUGGUCGACAGCUUGCAAGACGAAUACGAUUUCUUCAUUUCAGACCGCGACGAGUACGAAGUUGGGGAGCUCAAGCGGCUCCUCAUGAGCAUUCGCGUCCGCAUGGCGUCUCAAAUUCGCGUGGUUGUCGAGCAGUCGACGGAAGCCUGGGUCAAGCUCGUGCAUGCCAAAGUCAAGACCAACAGCCCGGUCACGUCGUUGUUUGACGUGCACUUGGUCGUAACGAGCGACGGCGACGUCGAGAUGAAUCCGUCGCAGAACGACAUCAAGGCGGCUAUGCUCACGCCGCUCGAAACGAUGGUGCACAACGUGAGUGAGAUGGAGGUCAUCGACCACGACUUGCUCUCGCUCUUGAAUCUGGAUCGCGUCAAGCUGUUCGACCUGACCGUCAAAAACGACAUCACAUCAAUGUUCGCGGUAGAAACCGUGUCGAAACUGGGCACUGCGCGCCGUGACAUCCUCAAGUGCCUUGGCGACUCCCUCGCACAGGUUCAGCCCAUCACGGACGCAUACGCCAAACAUGCCCGACUGCUUGGCAUGGACGCGGCCACGUACAUGAAGCAGUUCAAGAAAGAUCACCCGGCCCCGGUCCCGUUGGACAUUCUGUGCGACGCAAUUCGCCAGUUCCAUUCACUCGUGCUCGAAGUUGAAACACUCAGCUUUGACCAAACGUCAUUUCCACUCGUGUGCGUCAACACGAUCGGAAUCAAAGCCACGUUGCGAGAGAAGAGCAUUGCCAUCCGCAACGCCUUGAUUGAGUACAUUGUGCUCGACGCCCGCGACAAGAACGUCGAAAUCAGCCGACGGUACCAGGCCAUCUUGAAACGAAUCACGGAGAAACCGACCAACGAAGCCGAGUUGGCCGCGCUCAAGGACUUUGUCAACGCAAGCAAGAUUACGAUUGCUGGCAUCCAGAAAGAAGUUGACGAGAUCCACGCCAGGCUGAACGCGCUCGGCGAGUUUUCGCACACCAUAUCGGACGACGACUUUCGGUUGGCAUGGAGCACGAAGGAAUGGCCGUUGCGGGUGGCGCAUGCCGCCGACACGUGCGACUCGGCGCUCGAGGAGGACAAGCUUCGCAUGAUGGACAAACUUGCGCUGGAGAAGGAACAAUUCGAAUUGGACCUAGAGAGGUACGAAAAGGAAGUGGCGUUGUUCAAAACGUACGGUGAGAUCGACCGCACGGAAAAGUACGUGGAAAUCGCGUCCACGUUGUACGACUCGAUCAUGGAAGCCAAGGCCAAAGCGGACAACUUCAAUCAGCGCGAAGCCGUGUUUGGGUUCCGCCCCACCGAAUACGCCAUGAUUGGAAAGUUGGAAACGGACUUUCAGCCGUACUACCGCCUCUGGACCAUGUGCUCCGAAUUCAACAUUAGCAAGCAGGCGUGGCUGACCGGACCCUUCCUGGAGCUCAAGGGGCCCGAGAUUGACACCAACGUGACCGAGUGGUGGAAAGCCAGCUACAAGUUGAGCAAACAAUUGGCCGACGAGGCGCCAGGGUCCGCCGAAGUCGCGCUCAUCUUACGCGAACGCACGGACGAAUUUCGGUUGUAUUUGCCCGUGAUUCAGUCGCUAGCGAGUCCGGCCUUGCGCGAGCGCCAUUGGGAACUCCUGCGCAACAAAAUUGGCCUGGAAGAAACGGACGAAGAACUCACGUUGAACCAGCUCCUGGACAAAGGCAUCACGCAGCACAUUGAAACGAUUCAAGAAGUGAGCAUGGUCGCCGAGAAAGAGUACACAUUGGAAAAGAACCUCAGCGCCAUGAUCAGCGAGUGGGAGCCGAUCGAGUUUGAGUGCCUCCCAUACCGUGAGACUGGCACGUACUUGAUCAAAAGCGUCGACGACAUCAUUGCUCUCCUGGACGACCACAUUGUCAAAACGCAGACGAUGCGGGGGUCGCCCUACGUCAAGAACAUUGAAAAGGAGUGCAAAGCGUGGGAAAAGAAGCUGCAGUACUCGCAACAGCUCAUUGACGAGUGGAUGACGUGCCAGCGCACGUGGUUGUACCUGGAAGCGAUCUUCAGUUCCGAGGACAUCAUGCGGCAAAUGCCAACGGAAGCACGGCGAUUUGCGUCCGUGGACGCGUUGUGGCGGAAAACGAUGGAGGACACAGUCGCGGACCCAAACUUUAUGAACGUGAUGAACAUGGACAAGUUGCUCCAAAAGUUCCAAAAGGCCAACGAAAAGCUCGACGAGAUUCAAAAGGGCCUGAACGACUACUUGGAAAUGAAGCGACUGUACUUUCCUCGGUUCUUCUUCUUGUCGAAUGACGAGCUUCUCGAGAUCUUGAGCCAGACGAAGGAACCCAAGGCAGUGCAGCCCCAUUUAGGCAAAUGCUUUGAAGGGAUCAACAAAGUCACGUUCACGAAUGUGCUGCUCAUCACGGAGAUGAUUUCAAGCCAAGGCGAGACGGUGCUGCUCAAGAACACUGUCAACCCGGAAAGCGCCAAGACCAAAGGCAACGUCGAGAUGUGGCUGCUCGAGCUCGAGGUGUAUCAGUGGGACACGAUCCGUGACCACACCAUGCGUGCCAUUGGGACGUACCCGAACGAAGUCCGAGAAGAGUGGAUUCUCAAGUGGCCCGCCCAAAUCGUGCUCGGCGCGUCGCAAGUGUACUGGACGCAAGACGUCAACAAAGCGAUCGUGGACAAGGGAAACGAAGGCCUGAAAGAGUACGUCGAGGUGCUCAACUCGCAGCUGGACAAGGUCGUCAUGUUGGUCCGCGGCAACCUCACAAAACUUGAACGGACCACCAUCGGCGCAUUGGUUGUGAUUGACGUGCACGCCCGCGACACAAUUGCGCACAUGAUUCAAAAAGGCGUUGAGAACGACCAGGACUUUGAGUGGAUAUCCCAGCUUCGGUACUACUGGAUCGAAGGUGCCAAGACAAAGGGCGAAAUGGACCUCCAAGCUCGUAUCGUCAACGCGCGAGUCAAGUACGGCUACGAGUACCUUGGCAACACGAUGCGACUGGUGAUCACGCCGCUGACCGAUCGGUGCUACCGCACGAUGAUGGGCGCGAUCGACUUGUUGUACGGCGGUGCCCCGGAAGGCCCGGCCGGGACAGGCAAAACGGAAACGGUCAAGGAUCUCUCGAAAGCCAUAGCGAUCCAGUGCGUCGUAUUCAACUGCUCGGACGGGCUCGAUUACUUGGCGAUGGCCAAGUUCUUCAAAGGCCUGGCAGGAUGCGGCUCGUGGUGCUGCUUUGACGAAUUCAAUCGGAUCAACAUCGAAGUGUUGUCUGUCAUUGCCCAGCAAAUCCUGACCAUCAACGAAGGGAAGAAGGCCAACGUGGACAAGUUUAUGUUUGAAGGCACGUACAUCAAACUAAACGCAAGCGCCAACGUGUUCAUCACGAUGAAUCCUGGGUACGCUGGUCGUGCCGAGUUGCCGGACAACUUGAAGGCGCUCUUUCGCCCGUGUGCUAUGAUGGUGCCAGACUACGCUCUAAUUUCGGAGAUCCGCCUGUACUCGUUCGGUUUUGCCAACGCGCGUGCCAAUGCGCGAAAGUUGACCCAAGUGUUGCAAUUGAGUUCCGAGCAACUGAGUUCGCAAAAGCACUACGACUACGGCAUGCGUGCCGUCAAUUCGAUUCUUGUCGCGGCCGGAAACUUGCGCCAGCAAUUGGGCGACGACCCGUUCUGGACCGAAGACAAAAUCGUGUUGCGCUCGGUCCAAGACGUCAACUUACCCAAGUUCACGACGGAUGACUUGCCUCUCUUUCGUGGCAUCACGUCCGACUUGUUUCCAGGCGCGGACAUUCCUUCCCCCGACCACGGCCGAUUGAUUCCUAUGAUUGAUCUCAUGUGCACGCAAGGCAUCAGCAUCGCCCCCGACACCCUCACGAGGCUGCAACCCAAGAUAGAAUUCAAGCAAAAGGUGGUCCAGCUUUAUGAAACGGUGUUGGUGCGCCACGGACUCAUGGUGGUCGGCAUCACUGGCAGUGGAAAGACGUGCAUUGUUCACACAUUGGCCGCUGCCAUUACCGCCGUCUACAACGAAAGCGAGGGCAAGAAUCAAUCGCUCGUCCACAUCCACACGAUGAACCCCAAGUCGAUCACGUCGGGUCAACUGUACGGGAACUUUGACGAAAACACGCACGAAUGGAGCGACGGCGUCCUGGCCAAGACGUACCGCGACUGUGCGCGGGACACCACGGACGAUCGACAAUGGGUCAUGUUUGAUGGUCCUGUCGACGCCGUCUGGAUCGAAAACAUGAACACCGUCCUGGAUGACAACAAAAAGCUGUGCUUGAUGAGCGGGGAAAUCGUGAAAAUGACGGACCGCAUGACAAUGAUGUUCGAGACCGAAGACCUCGAAGAGGCGUCUCCGGCGACAGUGAGUCGCGUCGGGAUGAUCUUCCUCGAGCCCAAGAACCUCGGGUGGGAAACCCUCAUGAAGACAUGGUUGGAGUACACCCUCGCUCAAGAGCUUCGCCCAAACGCAACAUACAUUCAAAAUCUAUUCGAGUGGCUCGUGCCGCCGCUGCUCUUCUUCGUGGAUAAAAACUGCGUUGUGCCCACUCCUGUGACGUUCUUGGAGCUAGUGGCGUCGCUCAUUCGACUCUUCCAGUGCAUUUUGGACAUCCCGACCACAAACUUGAGCUCCGACAUCAACAGCGUGUUGGAAGGCAUGUUUUUCACGGCCAUCAUUUGGUCGUUGGGCGCGUGUGUCGACACCAAGUCCCGUCAACUCUUUGACGUGUACUUUCGAGAGCUCACGUCGGGUGCGAUCUCGGCCGAUACCAACGAAGCGUACGGGAAUUUUGUGCUCAAGAACCCUGGGUACCACGUCAUUCCUCGGGCGACAAACGUCCCGUUUCCAGACGACGGGACGAUCUACGACUACCGCUUUGACGGGAAGAAAGCCGCGUGGUUCAACUGGAUGGACGCGUCUUCAUCGUCAUCCAUUCCCCGCGACAUGCCGUACACGUCGAUUCUGGUACCCACGAUCGAUACAGAGCGCAACGCGUGGCUCCUGGACACCUUGCUCACGCACCAUUACCACGUCAUGUGCACGGGGGACACUGGCACCGGCAAAUCCGUGUCGAUCAAAAAGAAGCUCUUGACCGGGCUCAACGAGUCGUUUUCGUCCAUCUUUCUCAAUUUUAGCGCCCAGACGAGCGCGAAUCAAACCCAGGACAUUAUCGAGAGCAAACUGGACAAACGACGAAAGGGCGUGUUGGGUCCGCCCCUGGGAAUGAGUUGCGUGAUUUUUGUCGACGACCUAAACAUGCCUGCAAAGGAAACGUACGGCGCCCAGCCGCCGAUUGAAAUCUUGCGCCAGUGGAUGGGCCAUGGUGGCUGGUACAACCGCAAAGACAAUUCGUUCCUGCAACUCGUCGACGUUCAAUUCAUGGCUGCGAUGGGCCCUCCAGGUGGUGGCCGCACCAAAAUCACCCAGCGGUACAUUCGGUAUUUCAACUUGAUCAACUUUGUUCCGUUUGACACGACCAGUUUGAAGUUGAUCUUUUCCAAGAUCAGCGACUGGUUCCUCAUGAACUUUCCAGCGUCCAUUAAAGCGCUGACGACGCCGUUGGUCGCGGCCACGAUCGACAUUUACGACUGCAUCUCGUCGACGCUGCUUCCGACGCCGGCCAAGUCGCACUACACGUUCAACUUGCGCGACUUGUCCAAAGUGUUUCAAGGUAUUUCUCAAGGCACGCCAGACGUGCUCAAGGAACCCAAGGACGUUGUGCGGCUGUGGAGCCACGAGUGCCUUCGCGUGUUUCACGACCGAUUGAUCGACGCCCCAGACCGCACGUGGUUCCAACAAGUACUGGGGGAGACUGUGCACCGCCAUUUUAACUUCACCUACAUCAAAGACGUCCGGGGACCGAAUGACGUGCUCAUCUAUGGCAACUUUGGCGACGCCAAAGCCAACAAGAAAGUGUACGCCGAGCUCCGCGAUCGGGAAUUGCUGCAAUCGUCCAUGUCACUGUACUUGGACGACUUCAAUAACAUGACGUCCGCGCCGAUGAGCCUCGUGUUGUUCCAGAACGCGAUCGAGCACGUCGCGCGCAUCAGCCGCGUGAUUCACCAACCUUACGGAAACUCGUUGUUGGUGGGGGUCGGUGGCAGCGGUCGCAAGUCACUCACAACGUUGGCCGUGUCGAUGGCCGACUUCAAGCUGUUCCAAAUUGAGAUUUCGAAAACGUACUCGAGGACGGACUGGCGCGCCGACUUGAAAAAGGUGCUGCAGCUCAGCGGGGUGGCGAACCAGCCCACCGUGUUCCUCUUCAGCGACACCCAGAUCGUCGAGGAGGGGUAUCUGGAAGACAUUAAUGGGAUCCUGAACACAGGGGAAGUGGCCAACUUGUGGGCCAACGACGAGCUCAUGACGAUCAACGAAAGCUUGGAAAGCGCGGCGAGUGCCGCUGGGCUCAACACUGGCAACGCCGCCGAAGUGUACAACUUUUUCGUGUCGCGAUGUCGCACGAAUCUGCAUGUCGUGCUCGCGUUGAGCCCAAUUGGGGAUGCGUUUCGACGCCGGCUGCGGAUGUUUCCGUCCUUGGUGAAUUGCUGCACGAUCGACUGGUUCACCGAAUGGCCAGAAGAAGCCCUGCGAAGCGUGGCGGAUCACUUCUUGGUCGACAUCGAGAUGCCGUCAAGUUUGAAAACUGGGCUCGUCGACGUCUGCGUCGACAUGCAGGAGCGCGUGUCCCAAAUGUCCAAGGAAUUUCUCCAAAGUCUCCGUCGACACUACUACGUGACGCCAACGUCGUAUCUCGAGUUGAUCAACACGUUCAAGAAGCUCCUCAACACAAAGCGAACGGAAGUGAGCCAGAUGAAGAAGCGGUACGACAACGGGCUGACCAAGCUCAUGGAGACCGCGGACCAGGUCGAGAAGAUGCAAGUCGAGUUGGAAGCGCUCCAACCGAUGCUAAAAGUCGCCACGGUCGAAACGGACGCGCUGCUCGAGACCAUUUCACGAGAGCAAAAGGACGCGAAUGAAACGAAAACGGUCGUCGCCGCCGAAGAAGCGCAAUGCAACGAGCAAGCGGCAGCGGCGAUGGAAAUCAAAACGUCGUGCGAGGCAGGUCUUGCAGAAGCGAUUCCCGCGCUCGAAAUGGCCGUGAAAGCGCUGCAAACGCUGACCAAGGGCGACAUCACGGAAGUGAAAGCGAUGAAGAAACCACCCGAUGGUGUCAAGCUCGUUAUGGAGGCGGUGUGCAUCAUGAUGGGCGUAGCUCCAGUCAAGGUCAAGGAUCCAGCCGGGGGAAACAAAAAGGUCGACGACUACUGGGGCCCAGCUCAAAAGACGCUCUUGAACGACACCCGAUUUCUUCAAAACCUCCUCGAGUACGACAAGGACAACAUCCAAGAGGAAACUGCAAACAAGGUGACGCCGUACACGACCAACCCGGACUUUUCGCCGCCGAUUAUCAAGAAGGCGAGUGUCGCUGCUUCCGGACUGUGUUCGUGGGUACAUGCCAUGAUUGUGUACAAUCGCGUGUCGAAACAAGUCGCUCCAAAGCGGGAGGCGCUCAAGGUCGCGACGGCGCAGUUGGAAACCGCGCAAUUCAACUUGAAAGCAAAACAGGACGCAUUGCAAGUCGUCCUGGACAAAGUUGCUCGGCUUGAAGCUGACUUGGCCGGCGCGAUGAAGAAGAAGGCCGAUUUGCAAUUUCAAGUCGACGACUGCAGCAAGAAGCUCAUUCGUGCCAACCAAUUGAUCGGGGGACUUGGCGGCGAACGGAGCCGGUGGCAAGAAAUGAGCGCCAAGCUCCAAAUCGUGUACGACAACGUUGUCGGCGACAUCAUGCUCAGUAGUGGUGUCAUCGCGUACUUGGGAGCGUUCACGUCGACGUUCCGCGAAAAAGCCGUCAGCCACUGGAGCGUGGAAUUGAAGCACAAGGGCAUUACGUGCUCAGACAAGUACAGCCUCACGACCACUCUGGGGGACCCCGUCAAGAUUCGAGAAUGGACGAUUGCCAAGCUCCCGAAUGACUCGUUCUCGAUCGACAACGCCAUCAUGAUGCAACGAAGCAACCGAUGGCCGCUCAUGAUCGAUCCCCAAGGACAAGCGAACCGAUGGAUCAAAAACAUGGAAGACAAGAAUGGCGUCAAGGUCGUCAAGCUGUCCCAAGCCGGAUUCGUUCGGGCUUUGGAGAACGCGAUCAUGGUCGGCGCCCCGUUUCUGAUUGAAAACGUGCCCGAGGAAAUCGACCCGAUGCUGGAACCUGUGCUGCUCAAGCAAAUUGUCAAGGCUGGGGGCGUCCUGACCAUCCGUCUCGGCGACAACACGGUCGAGUACGACGUCAACUUUCGCAUGUACUUGACAACCAAGCUGCGCAACCCGCACUAUCCCCCCGAAACGUGUGUCAAAGUCAACCUCCUCAACUUUAUGGCGACCGAGGAAGGGUUGCAAGAUCAAAUGCUCGGGAUCGUUGUCGCCAAAGAAGAGCCUGUUCUCGAAGCGCAGCGAGAAAAACUUGUGCUCGAAGACGCCGCCAACAAGAAAACGCUCAAAGAGAUCGAAGACACGAUCUUGCACAUGCUGCAGACGGCGGAAGGCAACAUCCUGAACGACGAACGGCUCAUUGAAACCCUCGGCGCAUCGAAAGUCACGGCCACCAAGAUCGAAGAAAAGGUACAAGAGGCGGCAGCGACUCAGUUGAUCAUUGCGGAAAAGCGCGCUGGGUACACCCCCGUGGCGUUUCGGGCAUCGCAGCUCUUCUUUUGCAUUGCCGAUCUGUCCGUGAUUGACCCCAUGUACCAGUACGCUCUCGAGUGGUUUAUCCAGUUGUUUGUGUACUCGAUUGCGCGGGCCGAGAAGAGCUCGGACUUGAACAAGCGGCUGAUGUUCUUGAACGACCAGUUCACCUACACGCUGUACGUGAAUGUGUGCCGUUCGUUGUUUGAAAAGGACAAGUUACUGUUUGCGUUUCUGCUCACGGUCAAAAUUCUCACGGGCAACGGGACGAUUCAAGCGAGCGACUUGCGAUACUUCUUUACUGGCAACACGACGAUGGACACGACCAAGCCAAAUCCGAGUCCCGGCAUCCUCAGUGUCAAGACAUGGGCCGACAUUGUCGGGCUGGAUGGGUUGCCCGCAUUCCACAAUUUUUCCGACAACUUUGUGCGGGAUUUGCCGCUGUGGGUGGCUGCAUACAACUCGCACGAUCCCAUGGCCGACCUCGACACCAUUCCAUCCGUGGCAUCGUUCGACUUGUUCCAGAAGCUGAUUGUUCUGCGCUGCUUUCGGCCAGACAAAGUCGUCCCAAGUGUUAUGGCAUUCGUGGCCAGUAUGAUCGGACAGCGCUUCAUCGAGCCGCAGCCGUUCGAUCUUAAAGCGGGCUAUGACGACUCGACAUGCGCGACGCCUCUCAUCUUUGUGCUGACGCCGGGUGCGGAUCCCAUGUCGGAACUGCUCAAGCUCGCCGCCGAGCUCGGGUUCACCAAGAAAUUUGUCGUCAUCUCGUUGGGGCAAGGCCAAGGGCCUUUGGCUGAAAACGCGAUUGCGGAAGCCAUUGACAAUGGCAACUGGGUCUGUCUCCAAAAUUGCCACUUGAGUGUGAGUUGGCUGCCCACCCUCGAGCGAUUGUGCGAAGAAAUCACGCCCGACCGCGUGCAUGCCUCGUUCCGGCUGUGGCUAACGUCCGAGCCGUCCCGACAAUUCCCGCCAUUUAUCCUUCAAAACGGGGUCAAAAUGACCAACGAACCUCCCAAAGGCAUGCGGGCCAACUUGAAAGGAAGCUUUCUCACGUUCACAGACGAAUGGCUUGACUCGUCGUCUCGACCGAAAGCGUUCAAGAACCUCCUCUUUGGCUUGUGUUUUUUCCACGCGACGGUCCGCGAACGCACCAAGUUUGGGCCCCUCGGGUGGAAUAUCAAGUAUGUGUUUUCGGGCUCGGACUUGAACAUUUCCAAGGAUCAACUCAAGAUUUGCAUCGACGACCUCCAUGCGACCGAUGCGAUUCCGUACGCCGCCUUGGCCUACUUGGCUGGUGAGUGCAACUACGGUGGUCGCGUCACCGACGACAAGGAUCGCCGGUGCAUCGUGAAUACGCUCUCUGACUUUUACACUCCUGCCAUCCAAGACGAGGGGUACAAGUUCAGCCCGUCGGGCACGUACUACUGCCCGCCACCCGGGCCUCUGUCGUCGUAUUUGUCGUACAUCGAUUCGCUCCCGAUGAACGAAGGCCCGGAGGUGUUUGGCUUGCAUGACAACGCAAACAUUUCGUGUGCGAUCGCGGAAACCAACUUGCUACUCGAGUCGGCACUGUCCCUUCAGCCGAGAAGCAGCGGCGGCGGCGGCAAGUCGUGGGAUCAAUCGUUGGCGGAGGCGGCGUCCGACAUUAGCCAUCGUAUUCCGCCCGUGUUUGACACGGAAAAGGCCGACUUGGACUUCCCCGUGAGCUACGACGAAAGCAUGAACACUGUGCUAACCCAAGAGCUCAUUCGGUUCAACCGGUUGAUCGUUGUCAUUUCCCGAAGUCUGAAGGAAGUCCAGCGAGCCCUGAAAGGCCUUGUCGUCCUUUCUGCCGAGUUAGAAGCCAUGGGCAACAGCAUGGUGAAUGGACAAGUGCCAGUCAUGUGGUCGAGUUGUGCAUACCCGUCCCUAAAGCCCCUUGGAAGCUGGGUCACCGACUUUUUGGAGCGCCUCUCGUUCUUGCAAAAGUGGAUCGAUGCCAAGCAAAGCCCCACCACGUACUGGAUAUCAGGCUUUUUCUUCACACAAGCCUUUAUCACGGGCACGCUUCAGAACUUUGCCCGAAAGCACACGCAGCCCAUCGAUCAGUGCGGCUUUGACAUGCAAGUGCUGUCCGCCGAAGCAUCCAGUGCCAUCACAUCCCGCGCGCCGGACGGAGCUUACAUUUACGGUCUCUUCAUGGAAGGAGCGCGUUGGGAAAACUCCUCCAUGUCGAUCGUGGAGUCGCGGAAUCGGGAGUUGCAUGUCGCGAUGCCGAUGAUCCUUCUCCUUCCGAAGCGGCGCGACCACAUCGAGCCCGUCAAGGACUCGGACCCCAAGGGCACAGCCCAUGUGUACAUGUGCCCCGUGUACAAGACGAGCUUUCGCCAAGGGACGCUGUCGACGACCGGCCACUCGACAAACUUCGUAAUGUUCAUCCGCGUCCCCAUGGCGCAAGAACACAACCAAAAGCAUUGGAUUCGCCGGGGCGUCGCCAUGCUGACCCAGCUCGACAUUUAGGAUAGUUAGUUGAGUGUGUGAAAUCCACUUUCUUGAUUGUUGCGA